AAAGACAAACGUAUACAUGGAGAAUUAUAAUUUGAUUUGUUUCAAACCAAGUAACUUGUAAUCAGGUGAAAUGAACUCUUUUGCUGUCAUCACUUUUGUCGCCUGUGUGGCUGCAGCUAACGCUGGAUGGCUCCAAGGUCCAUCCGCUCACAUUAUUCAAGGACCGAGCAGCAAAACUACCUUGAUUGGACCUGAAGGCAGCAUCAUUUCUGCUCACGCCCCAGGAGGACAAAUCGUGCAUGAAGAACAUCCAGGAGUCAUUGCUCACGCCGCCCCUGUUUAUGGUCACAUUUCUCCCGUAGUCUCUCACUCUGCCCCAGUUGUCGCUCACGCUGCUCAUGCUGCUCCUGCUACCGUUGUUGCACACUCUUCAGCUUAUGGACAUGAAGGAGUGCUGAUUGCUGGACCUUCUGGGCAAAUCUCAACUGGAUACGCUGCUCACGCAGUUCCAGCUUCAGUGCAUGCCUAUGGAGCUGCCGGUUAUGGACAUGAAGGCCAAUACGUUCCAGAUCAUCUUGAGUCUCUUUACGAUGAUGGUUCUUACAAACCUCAUGUGUACCAUCACUAAGAUAUAAUUGGAAGAAGUUUGCUUCCUAGGCUAUUCAGUGGAGACUAACAUUACAGGGCAUUUUAGGGCGGUUAGAAGUAUAUUAUGGAAAUCAUUCGAUACCUUGUUUGUGAUAUGAUUAACAUGUAAAAUUGUAUUCUUUGUAAAUAUGUGAAAAUAACAAUAUGGUUU